AUGUGUGCGACUGUGGCUUCUUUCUCGCAAAAAGUCACGAUCGGGACCAUCGUCAGCGACUAUUGGGACGCACAAAAGCCUCACGCCCAACCUGAAUGGUGGAAACAGUGCCAGCCGUUCAAUCGACCCUCACUACUUCGACUCAGUCCUGGGAUCCAAUACCUAUCGUUGUAUUAUGGAGCUUCGUUCAAUCCUCCCCACGAGAUCCAUGGUAAGCUCCUUGCAAUGAUCUGGGAAGUUACCGUUGCCAUUGCGCCAUGGCUCGAUGUUGUUCCCGCGGCGGUAUUGGUUGGAUGCUCCGGUAUAGAGGACCUUCGUAGGAAGACCCGUGAACAAAACAGCAGACAUGAGGCAAGAAACAUCGCUCCUUUACCAAGCCAAAAGCGGCAGAGGUUGUGGAGUGAGGGAAUUCUCAAUCAGAACUUUGAAUACGCCAUGGUAACUGGAUGUAACGACUGGACUGACUUUUGGGAUCUAAACGGUUAUAUGAAGUCGCGAUUCGAUAGCCAGAACUUCCAUGUCCGCCACGCCCGAAUUGUCAAAAUUGACGGUACUAAGCCAGGCCACAAUUCGGUCUUCACGCACUCCAAGGAGCCACAAGUCUUUCAGCCGCUCUACAAGGGGACUUGUCCUGGCAGCGGUGAAGUUUCAAAUCCUGGAAGUCGCCCAGUCAUUGCCAUGAAGAUUACCAUGGUCACGAACUUCGGGGGUCAAGGCACAUGGACGUCGCCUGACACCCAAGAGCCAUGGCCACUGGAAGGCUAUACACAAUGGACGAAGGUCAAAAGUGAAAUUCAGAAUACCUCCGUCCGUGGCUGCUGGACAUGCCAUAUGGGGAGCGACGACCACCAAGUUAUCUACAUCGACACUGCCGCUAUCUCUGAGAACUUGACUCAAUCUGUAGAUGCUUGGGAUGUUAUAAAUGACAAGGGACUUGUUCACGAGGAUAAGGUUGAGAGGUUGCAGAAUUUUUUUGCCCCUGAAUUAUUGCUAGACAUGGCCCAGGAAGCUCAGUCCGUCGCCUGUUAG